GGCAGCUUCUCCUCCUGUUUGGCGACCGACCUGGGCAGCCUGGAAAGAACGGCAUCGUCAAUAACACCAGGUUUUAACGCUACUGUUGCAUGGGUCACCCAGCCACCGGGGUGAACCACAAUAUGCGGACUGCAGAGGGAAAAAGGCUGCCGCAAAGCUAAACUCUCCCCCAAGGUCACAUACCGCGCGGUCAGCACAAAGUCAGUCCACCUCGCAGCACUGGGCAGGGUGGGGACAAGCGGUCUGGUCGCCUGCCUGAAGCAGUGAAGCCUCCUCAAAUCUACUUGCUUGCCCUCGCUCAAUGGCAUCUCAAUGGCAUGCAGUGCGCGGGACCAAACUGUGGCCCCCCUAAUAUCGCACCACAUGCGAGGGUCGCACGCGAUGGCUCGUCAGGGUGCCUCUUCCCAAAUCAAGGGUCACCAUGUGUCUGGGACUAUGUAGUAGACAAGCAAGCUCAGCGACAACCGCUGGAGGGGCCCCCUCAUAUACAAGGACCUGGUCGACGACGUCCAUCCUCGAUCGCUAUUCUUGUCCUAUACUACACUGUACACAGUGGCGCCCCCCCCUCAAGGCCAGAAGGACCCAUUGUACGACCAACGACGUCGUCUGGACGGCCCCCAUCACAGGACUUUUGAGACAAACACCAGAAAUCUGGAGAUCCAAUAUCGCCGGAAGCGGCACCGCCGACCUCGUCAGGACCGCAACACAUCAGUCGCCGGGCACCAGCCGUGAUCUAUAAAUUGUCGACGCGCCGGCAAUAUCUGGGGACGCAGCAAGGCGAGAUUGGUCGGGCAGUCCAGGUCAAGGAGAAGCAAGUGUCUGUCUGACUCUGAUGAGCGCGGGCAGCAGGCGGGCCAAUACGGAGAAUUCCCACAUGCUUGGCAGAGACCACCACGCGGAGCCCAGGCAGCCCAGGCCCGCACAAGCUGCCUAGCCCUGGUGGGCUCGGCUUCCCCACCGGAUACCCUUGUCGUUGCCGCACAACAAAAGAGAACGGACAUUUUCAGCUGGAUCCCUGAUCCACACGCGACAGAACGCGUCGUUCCCCGGUGCUGCCGUUGCACUGGGGCCAAUCCCCGGCAUUCAGAGCCCAGCUCCCGCGAGGACCCAUAUACAAGCCCCCAUCGCACCCCUCGUCAUCUCCUCACAACUCUGUUUUGGCUCCUCUCCUCCUUGGAAUUCCUUGCAAAGCUGUGCUGUUCUACUGUCGACCCCCUCCCGUACCGAACCUCUGGUCUGUUUGUGCGAACUCAGAGACGCCGACUCCCACGCGGCCCGUUGAUGAGACCAAGCCAAGCAAGCACAAACCCAACCCCGAGGCGACAAGACCCUUGUUUGCUACGUGUCUCACACAUAUCAUAUCUUUCGUCUCUGGCCUGUGUUACCCACUGCACAGUGUUCUCCUCUUUUUGAGUUUGACUUCAAGCCUCGCUCACUCCUUGGUGGCUGCUUCUCUCCACCCUCCUGCGGGCACGUUUUUCAACAGGUGGAACCUACCUAUCCACGGUCUGGAGCAGCUUUUUUUCUUUCUUUCUGUUAUUGGUUCCGACUUCAACCACUUGACCCAAGACCACGGUGAUCGGUGAUGAACUCGGCUGGGCUGCACAUAUCCGCGUCAUCUCACCACACUGAUCAAACCUCCGAAAGAUAUUGCCAACACCUGCCAACAUCCUCCAGUCUCAUCGCCCCGGUGCCGUCAUCGCCAGUCUCCAGUACCCACAAUAACAGGUCCACUGAGCUGCCCGGUCGGUUUCUAGAACCCCCAGGGCGGCCUUUGCACCUCGCUUGUGCCCUCUGGCACCCCGGCUCGCAGUCCCCACCAGAAAAUUCAUUUCCGACCUUUUGCUUCGGCACCCACGGUGCGCCCUAACCCACCGGCGCCGAGGGGGGCGAUCGUCAGGGGGACGAUCUUGGUUCUGUUCUGGAACUCAGCGCGCAGCACUCGCUGACUGGACAAUAAUAAGAACAAGCUGGGCUCUUGUUCUUGAGGCUCCGCCAGGUUUUUGCUCGGUUCUGACCUCUGUGAGGCCGAUCGACCUUCGUCCGCUCGUUUAUUACCUGUUUCGCCGCAGGAUCUACGGAUCAACCACGCUCGUUCUCGCCUGCUCGCCACUCGGCCCGUCGCGUGUUUGUGUCUCAGACCCUGGCACGCACCACACCAGUCACUCGUGACGUAUGAAUCCGGGUCCAAGAUCAACAUUAUGAGCAUGUCUCGCCCAUUAGCCUCAGCCGCCCUUGGGGCUGUCGCCGUGACAACCUCGCUGGCAUUACUGGUCCUUCACAUCAUCCUCGCACUGCCUCGCUCGAAUCCCACGUCGCCAACCCGAAUCACCGCGAUAGUAUCAUCUCUACUGGAGUCGGCGGUGCUGGUCCUACUUUCGUGGGUCCUCUUCAUCUCCAGCAGGAAAGAUAACUCAAGGACAGUCAACGGCCUGUUGUUUGGCUCCAGUAUUGUUGUUUGUGUCGUCGCGGCUGCGCUUACCGUCGCAACACUCAUCUGCUUGUCCAGCAGCGCAUCACUCGGCGACAGCACUCUGGGGUUUGUUGGUGGGGUGUCUGCACUGCUGGCACUGUCCUUCAUGGCGCAGCUUCUCUUUCUGGUCGUCCGCUUCAUCGCUGGUCGCACGUCAGAGGAGGGUCCUCAAACCUCACCCAGCAUGUUGGAAAUCGGCCGCCGCUCUCCUUCAAGCCGGGUCAAGACUGUGCCAUACUCGAGCACGAGCCCGGCUGAGCCCGCCACCCGGAACGUGUCCAUCGACUCCAAGAGCCCUCCGUCGUCAAGCGGCGGGUUCUCUGCCACAGGCACCAUCUCGUCUGUGGCUUCGUCAUUGACCAACGUCGUGCGCCCCAUCUCCUCAAAGACAAAGUUAUUGUCCGGCAGCCGAAGCAUGCGCAGCCAGAGGAGUCAGCGCAGUCAGCGCCGUGCUCCGUCUCUCGAAUCCAUCAGAUCCAGCCGCUCGGGGGUAGAUGGCGUUGGUGAAAGCUUCGACUCGUGGGAUACGUCUUCUGUUGACCCACAGAAUCGCCAGACCGUGCUCGAAUCGUCGUCACCUGCUACCCCAGGUCGAUUCCUGGAAACGAUCCCCGCGAGUCCAACAACCAGCCGGAGCCCGAGCCCCGGAACCCCAUUGGACCUCGAGCCACCCCGCCUCAGGAGACGUAGCCGCAGCUUUAGCCCGGCAUCCACGCGCACUCAGGCACCGCAGCCACCACAGCGUGCCUUUACUCAACAGGCAUCGGCCAGCGAGUCGCACAUUCACCCGCUGUUCCGUUCCGACUCACCGACCCCGCCGCCUCUGGCGAGUCCGGGGACCGUCGUGAUAGCCGCACCUCAAGCCGGCUUCCUGAUUUCCGACCGCCAGUCUAUACGUAGUCUGAGCCGCAUGCGAAGCGACAGCCUGCCCGUGGCCUCGAGCCCGCUGACGAGGACGGGCUCGUUCGACACCUUUGGUGAGGCGAACAAGAGCUUCAGCAUGGCGAGUGAUGGGAGCAAGUCAGAGGACUCGGGAGAUGCGGGCGAGGCGCCGGAAAGAAACGUCACGCCGCCCAUCCCCGAUUAUAUCCUCAACGCCGGAUCCAGCACCAGCCUGCCUGCAUAUCAGACACGAAAGACGCAGAGCAGAGAAGGCCCUUCCGGGCCGGGGCUGGCGGCGCUGGAUGGGGCGCUCUGGUAAAAUGAGCCAGCCAGGCCCCUUUCACUGCUGCAUGAUCCGGGCACUACCGCACGUGUCAUGAUCGAUGCACACAACCUUCCUUAUUAUAAUGUUUCAAUGGGCUGGAUUUUUAGAGACGGCCCCAUGGGCGUUCGAUUCACCAACAGGAGAGGGAGGGGAACAAACAAAGGAGAGUACAUAUGGGUCUCUGGGAGGCAGGUUCGCCGGGCUGGGAAGGCGGUGGGUUAUACAAAAACAUCUUGAUACCAAAUUUCUUUUCAACUUCUUUUUUUUAGCGAGGCGUUCAUACACCUUCAGACGAGACAGUGUCUGGAGCACCUCGGAUGGUGCCAGGGGGAAAUUAUGGGGGGGAGCAGGAGGGCCAGAGAGAAACGGAGGGAGUGGGCCGGGUGAGGUGUGACACGAGUGUGACGAGUAGAUGUGAGGACUAUUCAAGAGAGACGUCCAGCUUGAAGCUUGAGUUCCAGUCGGAACGAGCUAGAUGCAGACGCAGAAAACAAAGAAACAUCAAUCAAGAAACAGAAACAUCCACCGUCCACUUCAACUGUGAUACGACCCUGACCGCAGGUGAUAAUACGCUUGCUGAUGUGAUAUUGGCAAAAGCUACUCACUUCCCAGGGGUGGCUGGACAGUAACAUCGCAGCUGCGCAACGGCGGACCAGCUCGAAUGGGUCUGAUGUUAGGACGAAAGACUUGACAGAGAAGCUGCUCUGGCAGUCUGGGAGCUUCCUCCACCCGGUGAGGUGAGUUGGAGACGCUGAGUGGCGGAUAAGCUUGCUUGACU